AGCAUCAAAGUUAGCUGGUUGCCUCCACCACCAGGUACUCAAAAUGGAUUUAUUACGGGCUAUAAAAUCCGGCAUAGAAAGACUACCCGCAGGGGUGAGAUUGAAACACUGGAGCCAAACAACCUCUGGUACUUGUUCACAGGACUUGAGAAAGGAAGCCAGUACAGUUUCCAGGUGGCUGCAAUGACAGUGAAUGGGACAGGUCCCUCCUCAGACUGGUACACAGCAGAAACACCCGAGAACGAUCUCGAUGAAUCUCAGGUUCCUGACCAGCCAAGCUCUCUUCAUGUCAGGCCCCUGACAACCAGUAUUGUCAUGAGCUGGACUCCACCAUUGAACCCAAACAUUGUCGUCCGCGGGUACAUCAUUGGCUAUGGUGUAGGCAGUCCGUAUGCUGAGACUGUGAGGGUGGACAGUAAACAGCGGUAUUAUUCCAUUGAAAACUUGGAGCCAAGCUCCCACUAUGUGAUUUCCUUGAAGGCCUUUAACAAUGCAGGAGAAGGGGUGCCUCUGUAUGAAAGUGCGACCACCAGGUCAAUGACAGACCCCAUUGAUCCAUUAGAAGUUGAUUUUUAUCCUUUGCUUGAUGAUUUCCCUACCUCAGUCCCAGAUAUCUCCACCCCCAUGCUCCCACCAGUAGGUGUCCAGGCUGUUGUACUUACGCAUGAUGCAGUGAGGGUCAUCUGGGCAGAUAACUCUGUCCCAAAGAACCAAAAGACAACGGAGGUUCGCUUCUACACGGUCCGAUGGAGAACAAGCUAUUCAACAAAUGCUAAGUAUAAGUCGGCAGAUACGACUGCUCUGAGCCACACUGUGAUUGGCCUGAAGCCGAACACCAUGUACGAGUUCUCUGUCAUGGUCACCAAAGGCCGGCGGUCCAGCACCUGGAGCAUGACUGCACACGCCACCACCUACGAAGCAGCUCCAACCUCUGCUCCCAAGGAUUUGACAGUCAUUACACGGGAAGGGAAACCCCGGACUGUCAUUGUCAGCUGGCAGCCACCGUUGGAAGCCAAUGGAAAAAUCACUGCUUACAUCCUCUUCUACACUUUGGACAAGAAUGCUCCCAUUGAUGACUGGGUUAUGGAGUCCAUCAGCGGUGACCGGCUCACCCACCAGGUCAUGGAUCUCAACCUGGACACUGUCUACUACUUCAGAAUCCAAGCUCGCAACGCCAAGGGAGUGGGGCCCCUCUCUGAUCCUACUUUCUUCCGGACGCUGAAAGUGGAGCACCCUGACAAAAUGGCUAAUGACCAAGGUCGUCAUGGGGAUGGUUCCUAUUGGCCAGUGGACACCAACCUGAUUGAUCGGAGCAGUCUGAAUGAGCCCCCCAUCGGGCAGAUGCACCCUCCCCACGGCAGCGUCACACCCCAGAAGAACAGCAACCUCCUCGUCAUCAUCGUCGUCACCGUCGGCGUCAUCACUGUGGUGGUGGUGGUGGUAGUGGCCGUCAUCUGCACCAGGCGCUCCUCAGCACAGCAGAGGAAGAAACGUGCAACCCACAGUGCUGGUAAGAGGAAGGGCAGCCAGAAGGACCUGAGACCCCCAGAUCUGUGGAUACACCACGAGGAGAUGGAAAUGAAGAACAUCGAGAAGCCAGCGGGCUCAGACCCUGCAGGAAGGGACUCACCAAUGCAGAGCUGCCAGGACAUCACCCCUGUCAGCCACAGCCAGUCGGAAACGCAACUGGGAAGCAAGAGCACCACGCAGCCUGGUCCUGAGACAGAAGAUGUCGGAAGCAGCAUGUCCACGUUGGAGCGCUCGCUUGCUGCCCGCAGAGCCACCCGUGCCAAGCUCAUGAUCCCCAUGGAGUCACAACCAAACAACCCUCCUGUGGUCAGCGCCAUUCCGGUGCCAACACUAGAAAGUGCCCAGUACCCUGGAAUCCUGCCAUCACCAACCUGUGGAUACCCGCACCCGCAAUUCACCCUUCGUCCAGUGCCAUUCCCAACCCUCUCCAUGGACAGGACCUUUGGACCAGGAAGAACUGUUAGCGAAGGACCAGCACCACAGCAGCCGCCCUUGCUGCCACAGACACAGCCUGAGCACUCCAGCAAUGAGGAUGCCCCGAGCAGAACCAUCCCCACCGCUUGCGUGCGCCCUACCCACCCUCUCCGCAGCUUCGCCAACCCCUUGCUACCUCCACCCAUGAGUGCAAUAGAGCCGAAAGUCCCUUACACACCACUUCUGUCUCAAACAGGGCCUAACCUCCCCAAGGCUCAAGUCAAAACUGCCUCCCUUGGCUUGGCAGGAAAAGCCAGGUCACCUCUGCUGCCCGUCUCAGUGCCCACAGCCCCAGAGGUUGCAGAAGAGGGACACAAGCAGGCCGAGGACUCCGCAAACGUUUAUGAGCAGGACGAUCUGAGUGAACAGAUGGCCAGUUUGGAGGGGCUAAUGAAGCAACUCAAUGCUAUCACAGGCUCAGCCUUCUAACAGCUCUUGAUGAGGUGAUAAUUAUCCCGGAGCAUUGCAAAGUACCAGGAUUUCUCUCAUACUACCCACUUACACAACCCCAUCACAAAUCAUCUUGUUGCCGGUAUCACUCCUUCAGCGCAAGGAAGAUGCCUGCAAAUCUCUAAAAGGAAUGAUUAAAAAGAAAAACAAAGAAGAAGUGAAGAAUAAUAAUGGAGAUGCUACAGAACUUCAGAUCUGGCAUCUAAAGCGAUGAAAGCAUGAAGGCAAAUGACGUUGUCACCAUGGGGUCAUUAGCUGAUGCUACCAGAUUGCUCAUUUUGAUCUACUAGUAUUUGUAGAGCUGAAGUUGUCAUGACUAACUCAUGUUUUACUCCGUAGAGGUUCGUAGCUCUUUGUGUAGAUCUAGUCUUACCUCAUGCAAGUAUGUUUUUAAACAUAGACUGUGCCAUUAAUGAGACAGUGUUGUAGGUCACUCGUUUGGUUUUGGGUUUUUUUUAAAUAUAUGAUUACUGACUACAAAAACACCCAUAGCAGAUGAUCACACCACAACACCAAAAAUUUGGAAGCUUUCCCAACAGCACAAAAUGAAAAGACAAAUUACUAAUUUCUUUUGUUGUCUCUGUCAGUUAUCUCUCACGAGAGGUGGGGAUUAGUGAGUGGCUGUAGAACUCAGCCACUUCAGCAUUUCCUCUCGUAGUUAAUGUUUUAUGUACGGAAAAACAGAGAACCAGGAAUGUAAAAAUCUAAAAAAAAAAAAAAAAAAAGGAAAAAAGGGGAAAAAAUAAAAGUCUGAGUUUGCAUUGGCGGACUGAUGCCAGCCAGCCGGUGUGCACUUGUGAAAGGAGGACGUGAUAAGCAAUCUUCUCUGACACGCAGUCAUUACACGCUUAAGCUUGUAAUAAAACAUGUCUGCGGAUGAGUGGCCUUUGUGCCAGACCAUGAUGACAUUGGGAAGCACUGCUGGGGCCACCCCAAGAUGGAGUAGAAUGAAAAACAGAGCUGAAUUUGCCUCCCUUGCCUUCCUUGCCUUUCUCAUCCACUCUGCAUCCCGGGAUGUCUCUGAUGCGAUGACCCAUCCACCUUGGGUGAUGAUGGGCAGAGGAUGAGGACGCCAAUGGCGUGGUGCUUCCCAGAGGCAGGACAUGAGCCUGGAGGAAGAACCACAAAGGCUAGUAAAUGCCUGAUACAUUCUUUAGGAGUAUUUUCCUGCAAGUGUGGUAUUUCCUGGCUGAGAUCAGCAGUGCUCCAUGAGAACAGCAAGAGAAGAGCAGAGAGCAGCCGGAUACCGCGAACCAUCCGUAGGGACUCCCUCUCCUUGUCCUAGCGCUUUAGCUGCACAUUACAGUGUUUAUUGACAACCAUAACUGGUUGAAUUGGCUAGAUUUUGUGUGCAUACAUUUUACUGCUAAAUUUUCGGCUGCAUUCAGCAUUAAUCUCUGUUUAUGCAGCUGAAUCACCAAAAGGGAACUAAUUUGCAUAUUUAUCAGUUAGGAGGCUGCAAAACCCAAUAAGAGAGUUUCAGAUGAAUUAUUCCAUUCAGCUCUGCCUUUGAUUUCAAGCUUGAGUGGGUCAUAAUUUUAAAAGAGCAUGGAAAGGAUAGGAUCUUUACAACCUAAUAGCUCCUUUUAUUAGGUGGGUAAUUAUAUCUGAAUCUCCGAAUAAAAUAUUUUGAGUAAAAUGGCACUGCAACAGAAGUAAUAAUUCAGAUUAUUUUCUAUGGCCCCUUGUUGGAAGGGAAAUCAGAUGUCAAGGAGGAAUUCAAAUGCUUCGUUAGGAACUCCAGUGUGUUUGCAAAAAUGCUCCUUUAAAAAUGCCCCGUUAUUCAAUUUGCUAAGAUUUUAAUGAAAUAUUUCUCAGGAGUGAGAAAAUCUUCUUUGCAUGGAAGACUGAGCUUUCCAGUUUGGAAAGAUUUGUAGCCAAAAGCCUCUGCUAGAAGUAAAAUGCACAAAUCUUUCCCGAUGAAAAACCAGGCUCUAUAAAAUCACUACCUCUAUUUUGACUAAAAAAAAAAAAAAAGAAAAGAAGACUUUAUGUCACUUUUUAAUAGCUCCCCUUCCGUAUUUGCAGAGAUUGACAUUUUUUAGAUGAGAACAUAAGGUCAAAUCUGUUUCUCAGUUAUCACUUAUGAAAUAACUUGAUUGGCAGCAAGAGAGCUGAGAACAGAAACUGCCCCAACAACUUCAGAGAGCAUCACUGCACCUUUUUAAAUCACGGAAUAUUAAUCCAGGAGCAAGUGUAAAACAAUCCCAAAUUGCCUACAGUAAGAUGAGCCACAAAGAGGUUUGCAAGUUGGAUUUGGCUUGGUUUGGACACAAGGGUUGCAGUGUCCAGGAGCUUUGGCAUUGAUCAGCCCCCUCACUUUGUUGAGGUGUCAAUCUUGGACUCAACACGAAGCCCCUGAAGCCUGCAGGUUGAUCUGGCCCUCGUGUGAGUGCGGCCUUUCUUGUGCUGUAUGAAACUGACCUGUCUUCGGGCUCAUCCUAUUUAAUUCAAUACCAGUCACAGACCAAGGCCAAGGUCAACACCAAAACAAGUGUUCAUGUACUCUGCCCACAGGAAGGAACAACUCCAUUGUCUCAGCUCAAG